AUUGGCAAAUGCAAGAACGAGCAAAAACGAAUAGGAAAUGAUCGAUCUCAAAUCAAUAUGGAACGAUAAGCGAAAAAUCACCUACUUCUUCUUGGCAAAUGUUUGUUUUCUGAUUUCUGGACUUUCUUCACUCAUCGUCGGAGUAUGGCUUUACAGUUCGAAGAAUAACUUUAUCGAACUAACGCCUACCUCGUAUUCAGCCUUAUCAGCCGCUGGAUUAUGUGUCUUCACGGGCGUCACUAUUUUUAUAAUUGUCGCGGUUGGAUACCUUGGAGUAUCAUGGAGCAAUAAGUCGCUUUUAUAUUCAUACAUUGGAUUCGUAAUCUUGCUCAUUUUAGUUCACGGAAUUGCUAGAAUAACGGGAUCCUUACAUAAAGAGGAAGCAAAAGAAAAUCUUAGGAAAAGCAUGCUUCACAAUAUCAACACAACUGCCGUGGUGACCAAAAUUGGAAGAGAGAUCAAAUUAUCAUUAACGUGGGACCAUUUACAGAGAGAGCUCCAAUGCUGCGGUGUAGAUAAUUACACGGACUGGCAUUACUCCGUUCACUGGCCAAACAACCUGUACACUCCUGAUAGCUGCUGCGAUCCCCAACAUUUUGAUGCAGAAAACGGCACAGAAAACUGUGGGAAACUUCCGGAUGAGCAGAGUCUUCUCUAUCAAAAAGGAUGCUUUCCGAAAUUCUCCGACUGGCUAUAUCACCACAUCAUUCUAGUUAACUGGGUCACGUCGAUUCUGUUCGUCGUAGAGAUUCUACUCCUCAUUCUUUCUUUGGUGGUUCUUCGUGUGCUCAAGAAUUCAAGGCAUAAAACUAGAAGAUCACAUCGGGAACGAGAUCCUGAAACUACAAGUGAAAAUAUGCGGUUAAACUCAAUGGAUCGAAUAGCUGAUGCACGAUUGGAAACUGACACGGUAGAAGAUGGAAUGAGUAUUAAUUCACGUUGAAUGUAUCAAACGGGUCAAAACUUAAUAUUAAAUUAUUAUUUGUUCUUAUAAUUACUUUGUAACCACGUCCAUAAUUUGACCAAAAUUGUUCUCAUUUUGCUUAUGACGCACUCAUUUUGAAUACCUCUGUAUAAAAUUUGCCUCUACUUCACUCAGAUUUGGUGUCUAAUAAACGAGCUUUCAUU